AUGGAAACCGCGCGAGAAAACAUCGAAGUUUUCUUCAAAAAUCUCCCAGAAGAUUGCGUCUGUCCCAUUUGCGCGCAGGUAUAAUGCUUUUUUAUGUAGACCGGUGUGGUCGGAUGGCUCAAUGCGUCACGGAAGUGUUGCGGUUAUUUAUUUUAACUUUCUGAAAUCUUAAUUGACAUUUUGGCGACUCUGUAAUUCCUAAUGUCGACACGCGCCCCAUUUUUGGCCGGAUGAUAAUAAUCGCUUUGCCUCCGUUACAUGUUGAGCCAUUCUAUGUGCCGUCGCUUUUUUAGUUCAAUUAAUAUACCAGUUCAUAUUAUAGCACUGUUGUUAUUUAUUCAACUUACAAAAGCUAUAACUAUUGAUCUUAAAUAAAAUUCCACAGGCCUUACGGGAGCCGUAUCAACUAGGCUGUGGACACCAUUACUGUAAGAUCUGCCUGGAGACCUGCCAAGAGUCAGCUAUCACUAUUUUUUUGUCUGUAAAAUGAACCGAACCCCAGGUCGGCCCCAUGUUCCGUCUGCCACCAGCCGAUCCUCCACGGAGAGUGCAAACACGACAAAAAAAAGCAUCGCGAGGUUUCCGCACUCUCGUGACGUUCACUCCGGCUUUGCUUGCAGAUCCAGGAACUGUCUGUCUUUUGUUCUCACGAGAAGCUCGGCUGUAAAUGGGAGGGAUGUCUCACCGACCUUGAGGUACUCAGAAUCCCUCUGAGGAAUUACAACUUGAGCUCAGGAGCACGUAGCCUCUUGCGAGUUCGAAGCGAAUCGAUGUGAAAACUGCGGUCGGAAAAUUCCCAGAGUAGAUUUUCUGAAGCACGUCAGUGAGUGCGAGAAAGAGCGCGUGAAAUGUGAAUUUUGUGAGAAAAAUGUCCGUCGCCAGGAAGCGGAACGUCAUUUAAAGGUUCUGCUCACAGGAGUUUCAGAAGGUAUCGAACUUUUCAGACGUGCUCAAAGGUCUUGAUCAGCUGUCCCUUCCAAUGUGGACUGGUGGACCGGACACGCGAAGAAGUUUCUUCCAGGCUAAGACCUCGACCUAAUUUGCCAAAAACUCAGAUCGAAUUGCACCGUCCGAGUUGCCCGAAUGUCGACAACGUAUGCCCAUUUAUACAGUUCGGAUGCAACUUUGCAGGUUUCCGUUGAAAAACAUUCUUUUCAAAAUUUUUCAGGAGACAAAGAAAGCGUCCAGAAGCACCUGAGCGACGAGCCUAUUCGUCAUAUCAUCUACCUUUGUGACCAAGUGGCCGAUCUCAAGGUUGGUCGGAGAACAACAUUUAAAAAGAUGUGUCCAGAUGUCGCAUGAAGCUAUCUUUGAUGACCUUACGUCGUUCAGCACUCGGCAAGUCCGGCUUUUAGAGAUGGUAUCUUUAAAAGAAGUCAUUUUGGAAUAACUUUCUAGCGCUUAAGGCAAAUACCUGCAACCAAAUGUUUGGAGCCCAGCUCACCUGGCGCAUCGACAACAUGAUGCAACGGCAAAAUGACGCGAAGGUACGAUUUCUGAUGAGUAGAAUGAAAAUGAGAAUAGAGCGGAACGGCGACGACGAUCUUGUCUACGCCAUUCAUGUCGAGCCGCAACGGCUACAAAAUGGUCUCCAGUGCUUGUCUUUUCGGCGACGGCACAAGUAACAUUCAAUUCACAACAGAUUUUCUUAAGUGUGCUGCGACGCACGAAAUAACUGAGUAGUCUUUAGUUUUGAACCAAGGCUUGCCAAUCAUUGAUUUAUUUUGAAUUAGGGCCCUUGAGGAGUUGGAAGAUCUGUUCUAGCUGAGGUAUCAGGUUUCUCAAAUCGAAUCAGAGAAUUAGGCAGAGGGAAAAAUCUGUCGCUUUAUGUCGCUCUGAUGCGUGGUGAGUACGACGGAAUGCAAGAAUGGCCUUUCUCCAAAACCGUCAAAAUAACUCUGUUAGAUCAGGUUUAAGCGCAGACUAAGACUUUCUUCUAAUAACCGCGUUCGCAGAAUCCAGUGGCAACGGAUCGAGUCAAUAUCACGUAUAAAAUUGAUCCACGAAUGCUCAAAGGUGGAGAGAAAUUCCUCUCUCGACCCCGCGGAGAACGCAAUGCCUUUUUUGGAGCCCAGACAUUCUGCUCUCUGUCGCUCAUCGACAACUACAUAAAGGUUGUAGAUAAAAGGGAUUUUCCGAACAACUUUAUGAUUACAGGAAGAUGCAAUGUUUAUCAGAGUCGAGGUAGAGAGAAGCGAAAACGCAGAGAACAUCUUCCGCAAGAGAGAAAAAACGGAGUUUUCUUCAACACCUAUUCAAACUACACGUAAUUCGGAGGAGUUUUCGGAAGUUUAA